AUGGCUUCCUCCAGCCCCGCUCUCUACGUCCUCAGGAUGCUGUGGAGACGGGCCCCAUCCUCCAACUUCAAGUCCUUCUCCACUGCUGCCCUCGCCCGAGAUACGCCCGAUACGACCAUUUCAGCCUCCUCUAUCGCGACGCCUCGGCACAUGUCCUCCGCGUCUUUCCUCGAAGACGAGUCUCAGGAGUACUCGGCUGCCUCCCUGCAUCUUUCGCCCAAUAUCAACCCGCCAGAGCCUAUCCCUUGGCCAACGCUACUGCCUCGUCACGGCGUCCAGUCUGCGAAAAAACCCAAGAUCUGUGACCCACUAUUCCGCCUAGUCGGGCUGGAGCAGUACGACGAGGCUUUGGCCAUUCUGCAAGAGCUCCAGAGCCACCAUCAGAUGAUACAACAUCGGCAUAUCUACUUGUUUCCAGCUCUGGAUGCUCUUCGAGCUGGUGAUACUGCCAGGUUCAUGCUUUGGCUGGGUCUCUACCCCAAUAAGCCGGCGACAGCAGACUUGCGGCCGCUGAGAGAGAUAUGGAGACCCAUAACUCUUCUGAUGCUUGGUCUCAAGGACGACCGCGCUCUGAUAGAGCGCUACCUCUUGCAUACUGCCAAGCUGGGUCUCACCCCCGUCACACUGCCCCCUCUCCUCGUCCACCUCGCCUUCACCCUCCCUGCUUCCGAAUCCCUCGACCUCGUCUCCCGCGUCACCUCAGCUUACCUUCAAUACACCACCUCUUCCACCUCUACCUCCUCUCGCGCCUUCUUCCAGAAGAGCACCGCUCUCAUGCACCUCAACAAGAUAUGGGGGCACUAUCUCCGAGUCUUGAUGCUGGCAGGGUGGGAGGAAGAAGCGUGGCAAUUGUACGAGUUCACGCCUGCAGAUGUGCGGUGGGACCAUAGGACAGUACGUGUCAUGGAGCAGCAAUGGGUAUCCAAAAAGGUGGACGUGGCGCCAGACUUGCCCAGGCAGAUCCGGCAGAUGCUCGUCAGAGACUAUAUCCCAACGCCAAACGACCUCGCUCAAGCCCUUGCUGGCUUGACCUCCCCUUCCAUCACGCAGACGCAUCCCAACCUCCUUGCGAGGUUCCAUUCGCGUUUCCUAUCAGCGCCUUCCGGCCGAAAACGAGCUUGGGUGUUUGCAGAAAUCAUCAACCUCCAACAAGAAGGGCUGCAUGACCAAGCUAUCGAGCAUUUCGCAAAGCACUACUACUGGGUGGGGCUACCGCCCCAUCCCCUUGCGCCGAAAGAACCUGACGCAACGCCGCGAUUCUACCCCACCCUCCCUCUCCUCACAACACUCUUCCGAUCCUUCUUCCGCACCCUUCCCCAACCGCAUGUCGAAAGCGUCCCCCUAUCCAUAUCAUCAUACCUCGACUCCAUACCUGCCCUCCCCCCUUCCCUCCGCCCCAAUUUGGUCACCUACGUGACCCUCAUAAGGGAGUGCGUAUACCUAGCAGGACCGGAUGCGGGCAUGGCAGUGUACGAACGCAUCAUCACCCCUAACGACAAAGGGGAGGUACUGCACGAAGCGCACGAAGAGCUCUACAGGCCUAUCCUCUUAUCGCUCGCGCAUCGUCGUCAGAUCGAAAGGCUGCGUAUACAUCUCGACCACUUUGGCUCGCUGGGGUCGUCGGCGAAGCCGACGGGGCAGACGUAUAGGGCGUUGGUGGCUGUGUUGAGCAAGACGGGUCAGCACCAGAAGGUGGCUGAGGAGAUGGUGUAUAGGGGGUUGGGAGAGGUUGGAGAUGAUUGUUUUGAGGGGUUGAUCAUGGAGGAGGACUGA